CCGGCUCGGCUGUGACUCCGCCGCACGCUGCAGCCGCGGCUGGAAGAUGGCGGGGAACGACUGCGGCGCGCUGCUGGACGAAGAGCUCUCCUCCUUCUUCCUCAACUAUCUAGCCGACACUCAGGUUGGAGGGUCUGAGGAGGAGCAACUCUGUGCUGACUUUCCCGAGCUCGACCUCUCCCAGCUGGAUACCAGUGACUUUGACUCGGCCACCUGCUUCGAGGAGCUGCAGUGGUGCCCGGAGAACGCUGAGAGUGAGCCUAGUCAGUACAGCCCCAACGCCUCUGAGCUCUUCCAGAUCAUCGACAGUGAGAAUGAGGCCCUCCUGGCAGCGCUCACCAAGACCCUGGACGACAUCCCUGAAGAUGACAUGGGUCUGGCCACCUUCCCGGCCCUGGAUGGUGGAGAUGCACCCUCCUGCACCUCAGCCUCACCUGCCCCCUUGUCUGCACCCCCCAGCCCUUCCCUGGAGAGUUCACCAGCUCCAGACCCCAAGGUGGAUGAGCUUUCUCUGCUUCAGAAGCUGCUCCUUGCCACAUCCUCCCUGACGCCAAGCUCUGACACCCAGAAGGAAGGGACCGCCUGGCGCCAGGCAGGCCCCAGAUCCAAAGGCCAGCAGACUUGUAUCAAGGUGGACAGCACCCAGGACAAGAAGGCGCCCACGAUGCAGUUCCAGAGCCGGAGCUGUACAGAACUGCAUAAGCACCUCGUCUCGGUGCCAUCCUGCCCCCAGGCUAAAGCCCACUCCCCUGUUCGGGGCCUGCAGCCACCACCCCCCUUGAGUUCCCGGCUUUCUGCCGAGGAGGAGGAGCUGGGGGAGGACUGCCCAAGCCCCCGGCCAGCUCCGACCUCUUCCCGGACCUCUCCAGUGCCAGGCAGGGCAGGCCCCGAUGCCCCAGUUUCCCAGGAGGACAUGCAGGCAGUGGUGCAGCUCAUCCGCUACAUGCACACCUACUGCCUUCCCCAGAGGAAGCUGCCCCCAGAGCCAGCUCCCCAGCCCAGCAGCAGCCCCUCCAAGCAGACCAGACCCCUGCCCCACACCCGGCACUCCUCCAAAGCUUCCUGGGCUGAGUUCUCCAUCCUGAGGGAACUUUUGGCUCAAGACGUCGUCUGCGAUGUCAGCAAACCCUACCGCCUGGCCACGCCUGUCUAUGCCUCCCUCACGCCCCGGCCGAGGCCCAGGCCCCCCAAGGACAGCCAGGCCUCACCUGCUCACCCAUCCCCGGUGGAGGAGGUGAGGAUCGCAGCUUCACCCAAAAGCACCGAUCCCAGACCGAGCCUGCGUCCACUGCGGCUGGAAGUGAGAGGGGAAGUGAACCAGCCUGCCAGGCUGCAGCAGGAGGAGGAGGAAGACGAGGAGGAAGAAGACGGUGAGGAGGAAGAGGAAGAUGAGGAAGAAGAGGAGGAGGAGGAAGAAAAGGAGGAGGAGGAGUGGGGCCGGAAAAGGCCGGCCCGAGGCCUGCCAUGGACCAAGCUGGGGAGGCAACUGGAGAGCUCCGUGUGCCCCGUGCGGCGCUCCAGGAGGCUCAACCCCGAGCUGGGCCCCUGGCUGACGUUCACCGACGAGUCGCUGGUCCCCAGGCAGCCGCGGGGGGCUCUGCCCUCACUGUGCCUGGCUCCCAAGGCCUACGACACAGAGGGGCAGCCAAGCACCCCCACGGGGGAGGACCGUGGCCGAGACCAGCAGCUCUUCCGGGGACCCCAGAUCCCAGCUCUGGAGAGUCCCUGUGAGAGUGGGUGUGGGGACACAGACGAGGACCCCAGCUGCCCGCGGCUCCCUUCUCAAGAUUCUCCCAGAUGCCUCAUGCUGGCCUUUUCACAGAGUGACCCUCCUUUUGGCAAGAAGAGCUUUGAGCAGAACUUGACGGUGGAGCUCUGUGGCACGGCAGGACUCACCCCGCCAACCACGCCUCCAUACAAGCCCACCGAGGAGGACCCCUUCAAGCCAGACACCAAGCACGGCCUCGGCAAGGACAUAGCUCCUGGCCUCCGCUCCCCUGAGGGCCUCCAGCUUGGGGCGGCCACAGGGGCUGCCCAUAGGCUGCCGAAGAAGCAGCCAGAGCGUAGCGAGCUCCUGUCCCACCUGCGGCAUGCCACAGCCCAGCCGGCCUCCCAGGCUGGCCAGAAGCGCCCCUUCUCCUGUUCCUUUGGAGACCACGACUACUGCCAGGUGUUCAAGCCCGAGGGCGCCCUGCAGAGGAAGGUGCUGAGGUCCUGGGAGCCGUCUGGGGUCAAUGUGGAGGACUGGCCCCAGCCAGGAGCCCCACAGGCUGAGCUGCAGGCCUCAGGCAGAGAGGAAGACAGAAGCUGCAGUGGCAGCGCCCCCACCAAAGGCAGUGUGCUGCUGAGAGACCAUGAGAUCCGCGCCAGCCUCACCAAGCACUUUGGGCUCCUGGAGAGCGCCCUGGAGGACGAAGACCUGGCCUCCUGCAAGAGCCCUGAGUAUGACACCGUCUUUGAGGAUGGCAGCAGCAGCAGCGGUGAGAGCAGCUUCCUCCUGGAGGAGGAGGAGGAGGAGGAGGGAGAGGAUGAUGAAGAAGAGGACUCAGGGGUCAGCCCCCCUCGCUCUGACCACUGCCCCUACCAGAGCCCCCCAAGCAAGGCCAAUCGGCAGUUCUGUUCCCGCAGCCGCUCCAGCUCUGGCUCCUCGUCCUGCCACUCCCAGUCGCCGGCCGCCCGAAGGACCUUCAGAUGUGAGAACAGAGGGUCGUGUUCAGAGGGAACACCAAGCAUCCGGCACGCCAGGAAGCGGCGGGAAAAGGCCAUUGGCGAAGGCCGCAUGGUGUACAUUCGAAAUCUCUCCAGCAACAUGAGCUCCCGUGAGCUGAAAAGGCGCUUUGAAGUGUUUGGCGAGAUUGUAGAGUGCCAGGUGCUGACGAGAAGCAAGAGGGGUGAGAAGUACGGCGUUAUCACCUACCGGUGUUCCGAGCAUGCUGCCCUCUCGCUGAGGAAGGGCGCUGCCCUGCGGAAGCGUGACGAGCCGUCCUUCCAGCUGAGCUUCGGUGGGCUCCGGCCCUUCUGCUGGCCCAGAUACACUGACUAUGAUUCCAAUUCAGAAGAGGCCCUUCCCACGUCAGUGAAAAACAAGUACGAAGCCAUGGAUUUUGACAGCUUACUGAAGGAGGCCCAGCAGAGCCUACACUGAAAACAGCCUUAACCUCCGAGGAAUACCUCAAUACCUCAGACAAGGCCCUCCCAAUAUGUUUACGUUUUCAAAGAAAUUAAGUGUAUGAGGAGAGAGAGCAAGCGCGAGAGAGAACACACGUGAGAGAGAGACUUGAAACUGCUGUCCCUUUAAAAAAAAAAUCAAUGUUUACAUUGAACAAAGCUGCUUCUGUCUGUGAGUUUCCAUGAUGUUGACGUUCCACUGCCACGUUAGUGUCCUCGCUUCUGAUGGGUUGUCCUGGGUGCCCCUCUACGUGCUGGGUCCGUCACCCAUUUCUCCUUCCUCCCCAACUGACUGCCCCUCGUAGACUUGCAGCCGUGUUCACCAUAACAUUUUGUCUGUAGUGUGUGAUGAUGAAAUUGUUACUUGUGAAUAGAAUCAGGAUUGUAAACUCAUUUUUAAUUGAAGAAAAAAAAGUAUAUCCUUAAAAUAAUGUAUUUAUGGCUCAGAUGUACUGUGCCUGGGAUUAUUGUAUCGCUUCCUUGUUUUUUUUUAACUAUGCACUGUCAUGAGGUGUUUGCCACUCAGCUGCUCUGCUCCCCUUGCCAGGUUGCCCCAGAAGUGUGGGGGGACCGGUAGGGCAAACGUGGCCUGUUGCCAGUUAGGAGCGGUGGAAAGAGGUUUCUAGGCCUCUCCCACCAAACCAUGCCAAGCCCUGCCCUGUCUCUAUUGAGCAAGUUUGGAUCAAAUUGUCAUCAGAGUGCCCAUCUCGUGCCCAGCUCACACAGUGUGUUCUGGCCCAUCAGGCUACCAUCCUCACACACCUUGUAAGGAAGGCAGGGUGAGCUGCCUUCUUCCCUCAUUACAGGUGAGGAAGGCAAUGUAUUGAGGGGUGAUGUGACUUGCCCGAGGGUCCCACAGCCCAUGAGGAGCAGAGCACUAACCCACAUGGUCACAUGCUCCUGCAGUAGCUGGGGUUAAAGGGGCGAGGUUUCGAGGAAUGGUAGGAGUGAGUUCAGCUGCAUUUGCAAUGGGCUAGAAGCAUAAGCGUUCAUUUUAGGGGUUGAAGUCACCAGCGUACUCCCCAGCUGACAUACACCAACGUUAGGAGAAUUCAAACUGGCACUUGUCCAGAACGUGCCAUCAGCUUGGAUCCCGAGCAGUCCUGGGGUCGGCUUCCACCCGUGGGCACUCCUUCAGAGCCUCCGUGAGACACCUGGCUGUGGAGCAGACAGGCGGUCUGGGACAAUCAUCCAUUUUUUGGUCGGUUGACAACCCAUCCAACUCCCUUGAGCUAAUCUCUUGUCUUCUCCUU